AUGGAUUUGGUGAGGCAAAUGGUUGGAAAGCAUCUGAGCAACCCGCGAAGUAUUAUAUUAGCCGUAGUUCCUGCGAACGUCGACAUUGCCACUCAAGAAAUAAUUCAAAUGGCGGAGGAUGCUGAUCCUCAUGGUCAACGUACGCUUGGAGUAUUGACCAAGCCUGACCUAGUAGACAAAGGAGCCGAAGACAAGGUGUUGGAGCUUGUUACAAAUACCAAGGGCAAAGGCCGGUUUGAACUCGGAUACACAAUCGUUUGUAACAGGAGUCAGAGCGACCUCAGCAUCACAUUCGACGAGCGUAAUACCAAAGAGGUCGCCUUUUUCACCCUAGAUCCCUGGAGCUCCAUUCCAAAGGAGAGAGCGGGUAUCAAAGCCUUGAAACACCGAUUGAACAACUUAUUGGUUGAAGUUACUCGACAGAAUUUCCAAGGGGUCGCCGUGGAUAUUCGUGGAAGGAUAGGAAAGCUCGAGCAACAGCUGGUGAUCAUAGGCCCUGCGAGACAGACAGCAUAUGAGCAGCGAAAUCACCUCAUCAACGUCGCUUCAAAAUUCCGCGAGAUUACGGCGAAGGCCAUCGAUGCAUACUACAACCGAGACGAGUGCUUCGAAAUAGACGACAUCUUCAGACUAGCUACACUUAUCGUGGAGAUGAACGAGGAUUUCUCCAAGGCGAUCCACAGGAAAGGAUUCACUCGAGCUUUUGGUGGGGCCACGCACACAGAUGACGCCCUCUCUCUGGGCAGCCCUGUUCGAAGUCCUGAUCAAAGCCUUGAUCGUGAAACCGCCCACUCCUCAUCACAACCCCUGACUCCUGAGACCGAAUCGCCAGAGUAUCCGGAGUUGCGAGGCAUUAUGGCUCAUGCAGAACCGCUGCCAGAACCCGCUGAGGACGGCAUAAUGGAAUGGGUUACAUACAAAUACAAUCGGUCAAAAGGAUUUGAGAUUGGCACGACCAAUCCAUCUCUCAUGCCGUCACUGUUUGCUGAACAGUCACGGGCGUGGGGCUUCCACACGCAGAACCACAUGACCAAGGUGAUACGCAAAAUCCAUCACUUCAACUAUAAGGUCCUUCAGUACUGCUGUAAUGACGAUGCGCUCUGCGAACGGCUGUGGGAAAAGCUAGUCCCACCUCUUCUUCCGGUAUAUGAGAAGGCUUUGGAGCAAGCUUCCUUUUUGGUUGAGAUUGAGCGACAUGGAAAUUUGAUGACCAUGAAUCACUAUUUCGCACAGAAUGUGCGCAAAGCACGAGAAGCACGUCUGAAGCUCCAACUUGAAGCCCUGAACUCAUGGCAGACAGAGGGAGGUGGAGAGCCGCUCUUGCGCUUGAAAGACAUAUUAGGAGUAGUUAUGAGCAACGAUGAUCACACGAUUCAAGAUUUGCAUGAUACGCUGAAGUCUUACUACAAGGUUGCCCGGAAGAGGUUCGUCGAUGCUGUCUGUUUACAAGCAGUUGAUCAUUUCCUCGUUAGUGGCAAGACCAGUCCCCUCUGGAUUUUCUCUCCGCAAUUCAUCAGCAAGAUGUCUGACGCCGAGCUACAUCAGAUCGCGGGUGAUGAGGAUGAGACUGUCGGGAGAAGGAUCAUGCUUGAAACCGAACUCGGCAGUCUGAGGGCGGGAGAGAAAAUCCUUGAAAUAUGA